CUCACUUUCGGCCUCACUCUCUCCCGACCCCUCCUCCUCUUCAAAUCAGCAGGCAGCCACCCCUCAAACUGCCGGCGGUGAAGCUUCUCCAUGCCCCAAAACCUCUUCCUCUUCUUCCUCAUAAACUCCCGGCCUCCUCUCUCGCUGAAUUUUCUUCUUCCACCGAGAACAGCCAGCAAUCCUCCCUCGAGCCGCCGGUGAUCAUGGCUUCCAAAACCAUCAAACCCCAUACCGAGCCUUCACCUUUUACCCUCAUCAUCGAUUUCUCCUUCCAAACUUUUUACUUUAGUUUUCCUCUCGUCUUCAAUCUCGGAUCCAGUGUCACCGGAGGAGGUUAAAGGCGAGUGAAAGUUACAAUUGGUAUGAGUGAAGUCAGAUCUGUUGAUCGGGGAUGGUGGUGAUGUCUACGCAGGACAGCGGCGACGGUCGGAAAACGGCAACUCAACAGUUUGUACCUGAACUGCCCGGAAAAUCUAUGUGCAAUCGAAAAGUCAGUCCACGUGCUUGCAGAAGGACCAGGCUACCUCUCUUGAAGAUCGACCCAAGACCCUUACUAUUGGGCCUUUCGCAGCAAAUGUGAACUUGGAUUGGGUAUAGUUUGGGUCCAUUUUUGUCAUGGAUUUAGGCUUGGUUUUGGAUAGUAGAAUAGGGUUUUUCUGAGCAAUAUAAAUAGACCUUUAGACGAGGGUUUUGGGGGAGGUUCUUUUGGCUUGAGUCUGGUGUUGACGGGGGAGAAAAAGAGGGGUUUUUCUAUUGGAAGGAGACUGGUGUUUGAGAAAGGAGAUCGUCAAGUUGCCAAAGGGAUUCCAUCUUCGGGUUGUCAUUGUUAGUUAUAGCUCUGAACAGAGGAUUUUUUUUCGGAAAAUGGUGAAGGAGAUGGUGGGAGCUUGAUCCCGUCGGUGGGAUUCCUCCCAUCAAAUCCGGAUCUGUUUUCUUUUAAAAAUCCACCAUGCUUGUUUUAUUUUUCUGUGGGUGUUUGUUUUCUUUUAGAUCUGAUGUUAAGCUUGUAUAUGCUUCGUUGGAAAAAUGAAUGAAAAAUUAUAGAUUGUCCAGUUUAUUAGCUUAAUAAAUGUGUUUAUCUUUU